CGGAGAAGAAGAAGAGUUGUUGUUGUUGUCUCGCGCUCAGGUUGAAGCUUCACGUGAAGACCCGAAGAGUCCCGGAUCCGGAGCAACCAAAACCUUCCGUUGACAGGAACAAUCAGGAACUCUUCCAGGUCAAAGGUCAAAGGUCAUGGCUCUCAUCUCUCUGGAAGACCUCGACGGAUUGGACGAUGAGCAGCUGGAUGAUGACAUCACCGAUCACGCCGAGCCAAUGGAUGAAGAGAACUCCGACAGGCUGUUGGCCCAUUGGCAGGAAGUGGGGAGGGGCCACCAGGUGUCCGUUCCUCCAGAGAUGACGGGACCGAUACAGGAAAUGACCCGUAACAGCCAGCAGAGGGAGACGCUGACCUACGUCUCUGUUUCCCGCCAUGAGAAGCUGGGGGAGGAGGUGUAUGAGGAGCGAGUGUAUCCAGCAGGAAACUGGGUCUCUGUAACGAGUUCUGAGGAUCUGUACGAGCAGAGCAUCUCUACGGCCUUCAUGAGGCUCAUGAAGUUCAUCUGUAAGGACAACUCUGCAGGGCGGUACCUGGGCAUGACGGUUCCCGUGGUGAGCAGCGUGCAGAUGAUGGAGGACAGGAAGUCAUUUGGAAAGGAAGUGAUGACGGCGUUCUUCCUGCCCGCUGAGUUUCAGCAAGCCCCGCCCACUCCUAACGACCCCGCCAUCACCGUUCUCCAUCGAGAGCCAAUCAGAGUCAUCGCCAG